UCUGCGCGUGCGCUCGUGUUCUCACGCUCGGAUCCGUCAGAGUUAAACUGGAGUGUCGUCUGUCCACGCUGAGCGGCUUCGCUAUGAACACACAUGUUAUUUACUAACAGCCUGUGCAGCGCAGAGCGUCGGUUUUCAAAGAUUUUGAAAUGAAGAAGGACAUUGAUACUCUAAUAGCUGAAGAACGGGCUGAGAUCCUCAGAAAAUAUGAGAAGGGCAGGCAGGAGGGUGUGCACAUUAAGCCCUGGGAGGAUGCCGACUACAGCAUCUACAAGGUCACGGACCGCUUCGGUUUCCUGCAUGAAGAGGAACUGCCAACACCGACCGCGGCAGAGGAGAAGUACAAACUCCAGGAGGUUGAAAGAGAGGAAAAAUGGGUUAAGAUGGUGAAAAGUUGGGACAAAUACUGCACAAGUGAAAAGAUGAUGAAGCGGGUAUACAAGGGGAUUCCCUUGAAGCUGCGCGGUCAGGCCUGGGCUCUGCUGCUGGACGUGAAAAAGGUGAAAGAUGCGAAUUACAGGAAGUACGAGAAAAUGAAGGAACAAGCCAAGAAGUAUUCAACAGAAAUCAAGCAGAUUGAUCUGGAUGUCAACAGAACCUUCAGAAACCACAUCAUGUUCAUGGAACGCUUUGGGGUCAAACAGCAAGCCCUGUUCCAUGUGCUGGCAGCGUAUUCGGUCUACAACACGGAAGUGAGCUACUGUCAGGGUAUGAGUCAGAUCGCUGCCAUUCUGCUCAUGUACAUGAAUGAGGAAGAUGCAUUCUGGGCUUUAUCACAGCUACUGACCAAUCAGAAACAUGCCAUGCAUGGAUUCUUCAUCCCGGGGUUUCCCAAACUCCAGCGUUUUCAGGUUCAUCAUGACCAAAUACUGUCUAAACUCCUUCCCAAACUCAGAAAACACUUGGAUAAGGAACAGAUGUCCACUGGUAUCUACACAACCAAAUGGUUCCUACAGUGUUUUAUUGACAGGACACCCUUUACACUCACCCUGCGCCUUUGGGACAUCUACAUAUUAGAAGGAGAAAAAGUUCUAACCGCCAUGGCCUAUACGCUCCUCAAAUUGCACAAAAAGCGUCUUCUGAAGAUGUCUCUGGAGGACCUGAGGGAGUUUCUGCAGGAGCGUAUUGUUUCUUCCUUCAACAUGAGUGAUGAUGCAGUUAUUGAGCACCUUCAGUCGUCUAUGUCAGAACUCCGCAGGAUGAAGCUUGACCUUCCUCCUCCAGCCAAGGGAGAUGAGUUCCCAAAGAUACAGCUGGGCGAGGAACGUCCAAUAGUACUGCUUCCAGUAAUUAAGACUGCGUGUGUACCCUUACCGCCAUCAGCACACAACAAUCAAACCUCAACCAAGCUUCAGACGGAAGGCACCACCACCCACAACCAGAGCAACGAAAAACACAUCCCUACCAUUACCUCAUCUUCCCCUCUUUCAAAACACACCCACUCAACUUCCAACUCUUUACUGUCACAAGCUACACCUGAAGAACCAGGGACCACGGUGAAGAAUGAAGACAGUGCACCUGUACAAAGUCCAGAUCAUCUGCUACACCCAGAAUCUGCACUGUGUUCACCAGAGACUCGAUCGUUGAAGAAUGAAUGUGUUAGUAGACCCCUAUCAGCGGUGUCUGAAGAUUGGCUUCCUCCUUACCAGCCAUCCACAACAGAUACAUCCAGUAUCCACUCUUUGAAUCUCCCAGAAUUACCUCCUCCACCUCUUCCCUGUACUGAAGAAGGGGUCAAGCUUUCACCUCUAGAAGAGGAUGUCCCAUUUUGCCUUGCUCCACCUCCACCACCAAUAACCCAACCUUUGGAUCUCAUCGUAGAAGAUCCGUUUUCGUCACCUUCCUCGUAUAGAUCCUAUCGGCAGCUAAGCAAGUUUCCGGUCAACAUUUAUGUGCCACCGUCAUCAGGUGACCGGAGACCUUCCAACACUUCGUAUUACGACAACAUGUCAGAAGAGGAGGAUCUGUCUGUUGACAGGCUGCUGGAGAUGGCGGCCACAUUGCCGCAAAACUCAAACUUGAGUCUAAUGAACACCACCCUUCCCCUUCCUCCAGAAGAUGCCAUGUCUCUUCCUCUACCGCCCCCAUCUAUGUUCUUCUACACGCCUGACUCUUCGCCACUCCCUCCACCUCCUUCAUGUAUUGAGGAGGCAAACAGCUGGGGGUCUCCAGAAUGCAUUUUUCCCAAACCACCUAUUGACUUUGCAAAUAAACCCAACCUCGUAUCUUUGGUCCCAUGCAAUCAGGUGGUUCCAAACCAGAAUGAUCAAGAUAGUAGUCAGUCACAGCGGCCAAGACUACCGCCCAAAAAAUCAAAACCCAAUCAGGUGGUUCCAAACCAGACUGAUCAAGAUAGGAGUCAGUCACAGCUCCCAAGACUACCGCCCAAAAAAUCACAACCCCCAGUGCUCUCUCCUGUACACUCCGAUUCAGACUUCUGUCAAAUGCAUGUUUCAAGUCAUUAGUUGCUGGAGUCACACUUCAGUGUGAACUGAAGGCAUGUUUCCAUCAUUUGGACUUUUGUGCUUCGAUGGUAUCAAGUGAACAUAUUUCAAUCUUUUAGGUGUUGAAAUGUGUUUUAUAAUGACAGAUCUACACAGAAUGCUAGAAUGUGUUUUAUCAGUGUGCCAUGAAAAUUGUAUGUACUGGAAUCCCCUUUUCUAAAGUGAAGCAUCUAUAGUUGUAGCAGUUAUCAGAAUAACCAUUUAUCUAGUUGAGCAACCAGUCUUCCAGGGACUCGUCAUGUGGUUUGAAAUUACAUCUGAUCUGUUUAGACACCACGGUAUAUGUGACAGUCACCAUUAUUUUGUUUGUUUCUGUUGUUUUAUGGGAGAUAUUAUGUCCCCGCAUUUAGAUCAGUUGUUAUUUCUUUGUCUUAUGUUUUAUUGGUUGGUUUUAUAUCUUGGUGCAACAGUUUUUUUUUUUUUUUUAAACGUUGGUUUAUGAAAAUGCAUCUAAUGAUGCACAUUAAAUAUGAAGAUGUUGUGGAAAUGUAAACAAGGAUCUUACCACACUGACAAACGUUCCCUGAUUACACUGAAAGGGCAUUUUUCGGUGGUCUCUGAUUUGCUCAAAAAGGAAAUUCCUUCAACUGUAAACCUUAGUGUUGUGUACUGCCCUCUUGUGCCAUCUUGUGGGAGAUAAUGAAGCACAGCUUGGUUAAAAAUUAUAUACUGGGAAAUACAGCCACCACACUGAAUGUUUAAAUGAAGAAACUGUAUAUUCAAGGUCAUUGUAUAGCUUUGUUGUGUAAUUGUAAAUAGAACAGGUUUGAUUUGCACUUUGAUGUUUGUAUUGAGAGCUUAUAUUUAAUUGCAUUUAUAUUACGCUUCUCAGGUUAAAUGGUCUUGACGUUCAGUUUGUGUUGAAACUUUUAAACCCAGUUUAAUGUUUGAACUUUUUGAACUCCAUGUUCAUUUGACUUAUUUGAUUAACAGCUAAAAGUUGUGUUUUCCUUGUUGCAACAAUGAGACAAUACAUAAAGUGGAGUGUUUAUUUUAAUAUUUACAUUAUUGCUGUUGUCAAUUCUAAUGUCACAUUCAAAGGAAUAUGGCACAAGCACAACGUGAUAAAAUAUAACGCCAGGGUCAAAUAUUUCUUUAUAAAUAUACAUUCACUUGCAUAAAAGCACAUUAGGAACCCAUGCCCUUUAAUUGAUUUAAAACAAGCAAACCUUCAUCACAGAUCUGCCUGAUUGGUAACAGCAUUUAACAAGCACUUGAAGCCAUUCGUUUUACCUUUCUACCAUAAUUUCACUUUCAUAAAGGCACCAUUGUUGCAUUAUACUCACAGGUAACCACUUAAAAGUCAUAUGACAAACAGGAUUGCAUAUACAUAGUUUGUAUUGUAAAAAAGUGCAAUAAUAAUAUGCAUAAUGCUUCACAUGAAGCCUAGAUAAAAUCUUCAGUGCUAUUGCUGUCAGAUGGAGGACUGUCACUUCCCAGUGGCUGCUGUGAGAAUAUAAGAUAAGCAAGUACUGCAGGAAGGACUAAAGUGCAUCUUUACAUUCCGUGAGAAAUUGACAGCGUCUUAAAGCUGCGAUUGUAACAGAGCUUGCAGAGAAAAUGCACCGUUUGUAGAAGCGAUGCUGUUUCAUCCAGUACCUGAGUUACAAUCUCAGCUGCAUGAAGAGGUUGACCUGACACGCCACACUCUCCCUCAGCUUCAUUUCAUCCUCUGAACCCAGAGCCACUCCUGGUAAUCGGGUAGAGCCGUUUACCCCGAGGAUGCAAGGCAAGCUGAGGAACACUUUGGAACCGAUUCCACCCCAACCCUGAAAGAAGGAAAUGCACACAUGUUGCAGAAAACAGAGGAUUGCAUUUAGACAAUCUCAAAAUUAUCAGACAUGAAUUAAAAUACAAAAAGUGUUUUA